CUGUUCAGAGUCCGUCAGGUUGGUGGGAGGAGACAGUCGCUGUGCAGGAACACUGGAGGUGAAACAUCAGGGAGACUGGAGACCAGUGAAUGACUAUGAGUGGAGACCAGAUGACGAUAACUCUGUCUGGACCCUGAAGGCAGCAGCUGCUGCCUGCAGAGAGUUAGACUGUGGCUCUGCUGUUUCUGUAGAACGGAGAGAGGAGUCCUCAUGGAGAUCUGUCUGGAGGAUCAGGUCUGUCUGUGUUCAGUCUGGAUAUACUCUGAGGGAGUGUGCAACAUCAGAUUCCUCUAGCUCCAUCCUGAAUCUCACCUGCUCAGACUCUGUCAGGCUGGUGAAUGGGACUAGUCUGUGCUCAGGCAGACUGGAGGUGAAGACUAACCACUCUAACCAGUGGUGGUCCUCAGUGUGUGAAGCUGACUUUGACCAGCAGGAUGUAGAGGUGGUCUGUAGGGAGCUUGGCUGUGGGGCUCCUUCAGUCCUCCAGGGGGCGCUCUAUGGAGACGUGGAGACUUCAAUGUGGACCAAAGAGUUCCAGUGUGGAGGAACUGAGUCUGCUCUCCUGGACUGUAGAAGCUCAGGCUCAGAGAGAAACACCUGCUCACCUGGCAAAGCUGUUGGACUCACCUGCUCAGAGCCUGUCAGGUUGGUGGGAGGAGACAGUCGCUGUGCAGGAACACUGGAGCUGAAACAUCAGGGAGACUGGAGACCAGUGAGUGACUAUUACUAUGACUGGACCUCUGGCUGGACCCUGAAGGAAGCAGCAGCUGCCUGCAGAGACUUGGACUGUGGCUCUGCUGUUUCUGUAGAACAGAGAGAGGAGUCUUCAGUCAGAUCUGUGUGGUUGAUCAGGCCUGACUGUGUUCAGUCUGGAUCUGCUCUGAAGGAGUGUGCAACAUCAGAUUCCUCUUCCUACAUCCUGAAUCUCAUCUGCUCAGACCUGCUGCUUCAGCCCAACAUCUCUGGGUCCUCCUCCGUGGACCGGGUCUCCGAGGCCCAGCAGCAGGGGUUUCACGUGCUCAGGGGCUCCACCUUCACCAUCAGCUGCUCCGUCCAGCCACAGUACCCAGGAGGCUCCUUCCAGCUCACCUUCACCUCCUCCACCUCAGCACUCAACUACACCCAGCCAGCUGUCAAUCACUCCGCCCACUUCCUGUUUCCUGCUGCAGAGCCCGCCCACCAAGGAAGCUACAGAUGUGUUUAUCACGUCUAUGUUUUUUCUCACGACUUCUUCUCUGAGAGCCGUCUGAUCUCUCUCACCGUCGCAGAUCUAAGGCCUUUCAUCAUCAGAGCGAUCGUCCUGCCGCUGAUUCUGCUGUUGGCGAACAUUGGCCUUUACUUCUACUAUAAGGGCAAGAGGGGGCAGAGGCCGAGCAGACGGGAGAAGGCUGAGCCGGAUUAUUAUAACCUGGGUGUUCCUGCAGCUGAAGAGGAAGGAGCUCAGGGAGCAGAGUAGCACCUCCAAGGAGCUCAUCUCACAUCCAGAUGGAUUUAUAACACACAACCCAGCAGCAGCUCAUUUUAGACGCAUGUUCCCUUCAAACAAGAAGGCUGCUUCUAUUCUAUUACAUCAUAUACUAUCAUUUGUUUCACUCUCAACAUGAAAACCAACAAUGUGUUAGUCUCUUGUAGCCCAUUGGUUCCUCCUGAAGAUGUAAAUCUCUAAAAA